CUGUCUGUCGUAUCAUGCAGAGACACCAUAACCUAAAUUCGUAUUAAUGCCAAUUAAAAUGAUAAAAUAACACCGCUUCUAGAUGAUACUAGACGCCAACUACAAAUGGUCGUCAUGUCGGUCCGUUUGUUUGAAUAGUAAAAAAACAUGUGCUGUGAAGACUUUCCGUACGAGUGUGGUGUCUUUGUUGCGAUCUCAAUGAAUACUUCCAAAAAGUAUAGUUCGACUUCCAAAAAGGCUCUGGAAACAUGUGACCUUCCCGAAAAGCCCGUCUCUCCCUUAAGCUCUAGGCAUUUCCUUUCUAAAUCCGCAUCAGAACUAAGCAGUCCAAGAGAUGAACCACCAGAUCUACGACCUCAAUCCGCUGCUUCCAAUAGAACUUCCGCUUUCUCGGUCUAUCAACGAACGCAUUCCUUCUUCUCGCAGUUAAAGAAUAAGUGGUCUAGAAGUAGAAGUAAAGAAAGACGACAAAAGUCUCCGUCAAGACAGGACUCCGCUGGAACUGACUACACAGGCGACGGGAGUAGCGAUCACAGUAGUCCCAAUAAGCAAAGUCCAGGACAUAGGCUGAGAGGACUACGAGAUUCGCCACUUAGUCGUAUAAACGAUGCCGAUACACCUCAUAGUUCUGCAAGCGGUUCUCCGAGAGCCCGACCUCCUACUCCAGGACUAGUUACAGGACUCGAUCUUCUACCGUUGUCUUCCCCCGAUGAAGUUAAGAGAAGAAGGGAGCAAACGCUAAGGCAACAUUCCUUCUUUCAGUUGCGAGUUCAUUUAAGAAGAGGUCAAGGUUUAAUAGCUAUGGAUAAAACAGGAACGAGUGACCCAUACGUUAAAUUUAAAUUAGGUGGUAGAUUAGUUUACAAAUCGAAGACUGUUUACCGGGAUCUGAACCCAUUGUGGGAUGAAACGUUUACGAUCCCCGUUGAAGAUCCUUUUGUCCCGCUCCAAAUAAAGGUUUUCGAUUAUGACUGGGGGUUGCAGGACGAUUUUAUGGGAUCAGCAACAGUAGAAUUUACACAAUUAGAUAUAGGAAAAACAGCCGACCUUAGCCUUCCCCUUCAAGAUCCAUCCCGUCCAACAACUAAUUUAGGAGAAAUAUAUGUUAGUUUUACUCUUUAUCCAAAAACACAAGAGGACAAAGAACAGUAUUUUCAACGAAACUCGAGGUAUCAAGACGUAAACAGAAAAUUAAAAUCUCAAAUUUGGAGUUCUGUCGUAACAAUUGUCCUUAUAGAAGGUAAAAACUUGCUCGCCUGUGAUCCCGAUACCGGAACUUCAGAUCCUUACGUAAAAUUUAGGAUAGCAAAUGAAAAAUACAAAAGUCGAGUAGUGUGGAGAUCGCUUAAUCCACGUUGGUUGGAACAAUUUGAUCUGCAUUUGUACGAUGAUCUUGAUCAAAAGUUGGAAAUAACCGUAUGGGAUAAAGAUAGAACAAGGGAUGAUUUUAUUGGAAGAAAAUCGCGAUCAGCAGCUCUUCCAUUCGAUUUUUGGAUAAAUAAUUUAGUCGCCAGUCAAAACAAUAAUAAAACAGGGUUCAUUCCAAUGAGGGAUAUCCAAAACAAGAUGGAUACCACACAAUCCCAAACAUCAGAAUCAAAAGAUUAUGGAUAUGUAUAUGAAUUAAAACGUACAUUCCAUAAUUUAAAAGACGUUGGCCACUUGAUAGUAAAGGUAUUUAGAGCGACGGGUUUAGCUGCUGCAGAUUUAGGCGGAAAGAGUGAUCCCUUCUGUGUUCUCGAACUGGGAAAUGCCAGACUUCAAACUCAAACUGAAUAUAAAACACUGUCACCUUCAUGGCAGAAAAUAUUCACGUUUAAUGUUAAAGAUAUCAAUAACGUUUUGGAAGUAACGGUGUUCGACGAAGAUAGAGAUCACAAAGUUGAAUUUUUGGGGAAAGUGGCUAUCCCUUUGCUCAGGAUAAGAAACGGAGAAAAACGUUGGUACGUCCUUAAAGACAAAAAACUUAGAAGUAGAGCGAAAGGAAAUUGUCCCCAAAUAUUGUUGGAACUUUAUGUGAUAAUGAAUCCUUUAAGAGCGAUGAUACGAACUUUGAACCCAAAGGAAGAAAAGUACAUGUUGCAAGAAGUAAAGUUCAAGAGGCAGGUUUUCGUCAAAAACGUCCUUCGAUUGAAAGCUAUCGUGAUAUAUUUUUACGAAUUUGGAAAACUCAUUCAAAGUUGUUUCGAAUGGGAUUCUACAUUUCAAAGUUUUCUAGCCCUGAUCUUUUGGCUAAUAUUGUGUUAUUAUUUCGAACCGUGGAUGAUACCUGCUGCUUUACUUCUUAUAUUUUUUAAAAACUAUGUGGUGAAAGCUGUAAGUUCUACUUCACAAACAUCGUGGAAUGAAACUUACGACUCCGAUAUUGAGGAAGAUGAAGAUGAAGAUAAAGAUAAGGAAGAAAAGAAAACUCUAAAAGAACGUCUCCAAGCAAUACAAGAGGUGACUCAGACUGUCCAAAAUACUAUCGGUCGGUUAGCCACCCUAGGCGAAAGUGUUAAGAACACAUUUAAUUUUUCCGUACCGUUCCUUUCUUGGAUUGCCGUUUUCCUACUGGCUGCCUGUUGCGUGGUUUUAUUCUUUGUUCCAGUUAGAUAUCUGUUAAUGACAUGGGGCACAAAUAAAUUUUUUAGGAGAGUCUUUCGGCCACAUUCUGUUCCCAAUAAUGAGGUGCUUGACCUAUUAUCCAGGGUGCCAGAUGAUGAAAUGUUGGUAAGAUAUUGUAAUGCUUUAAUUUUUUUGUCUUUACACAUUUUAAUAGGGGAAGAAAAGAAAACUCUAAAAGAACGUCUCCAAGCAAUACAAGAGGUGACUCAGACUGUCCAAAAUACUAUCGGUCGGUUAGCCACCCUAGGCGAAAGUGUUAAGAACACAUUUAAUUUUUCCGUACCGUUCCUUUCUUGGAUUGCCGUUUUCCUACUGGCUGCCUGUUGCGUGGUUUUAUUCUUUGUUCCAGUUAGAUAUCUGUUAAUGACAUGGGGCACAAAUAAAUUUUUUAGGAGAGUCUUUCGGCCACAUUCUGUUCCCAAUAAUGAGGUGCUUGACCUAUUAUCCAGGGUGCCAGAUGAUGAAAUGUUGUUGGAUUAUCGAGAUUUAAAACCGAUAAUUGCAACUGAACAAGAAAAGAAGAAAGAACUUAAGAAAAAGCAGAAGGUUUCUUAGUAGCAGAAACUGGCCGGAUUUUCAAAAAUCCGCCAAAAGAUCCACGUGCAUUGGGACAAAAAAUCUGAAGUCUGACUAAUUAGGUCAUUAAUAAUAAAUAGGUAUAUAGGUCAAACUCCAAAUGAACCAUAUCCUGCAAUAAUUUUAACUCUCUUGAAUUUAUUAUGCAAGAUUAGUCAAAAUUGUAAUUGUUAUAUAUAUAUAAAUUGAAAUGGUAGCGGUUAAUAGGUAAAUAAUAUCAUUUUUUAUUCGGAUUUAAAAUUAAUAGGUAUAUUAAAAAAAUCUUUUUUGGAGGAAGUACGAAGAUUUGAACCUGGCUUCUCCUCACCCGGCCUUAAGUAUAUUUUUGCCACAUUAAAAUAGUAGAAAAUAAAGCAACAUUUUUGAAGUGAAACUUCUUUACGCACGGUAGGGUAAGUUCGUUUCAUGCGAGUUGCUAUGUAACGAAAUCAUGCAACGUAUGUCUCGUAGCGGGGAUGGCUUGAGCCGUG